AGCCGCUCUCCGGGAACUGCUUUGGACUAGGUUGAUCAAAAUGACAGAAGACCCAGUGUCAGGGAGUUGGAAACCCACAACGCUAUCUGAAAAUGCUAGCAAUAAUGUAAUUCCCAUGCAUGCAUCAACUCAGGAUGUUUUGGAUUCCGGAGUCAACAGUGGCAUUGUACAAACAAAAGAAACAGCUCCAUUGAACAGAUGCGAGGAACAUGCUCAGGGACCUCUAGCUCAAUUUAAAACUUCAGGGAGACAAAUAUGUGUUUGUCCUCCUCAAGGCAUCCUUGCUAAAAUAGCAACAAACGUGGUAGCAGUAGCAUUGAUCUGGGCUGUGAUCUGGUCUAUUACAACCCACGAAAGUCUUCCUGGUGGAAGCCUCUUUGGAUUUUUAUUCCUCUAUCUUUUUGCUGUAAUUGGUGGUAAAAUUAUGGGCUUAAUUAAAUUUCCUGGUCUGCCUCCUCUCCCUCCUCUUUUGGGAAUGUUGCUUGUUGGAUUUCUUCUAAGAAACAUCCCAGUGAUCACUGACAUAGUCCUGAUCAAUGUGAAAUGGGGAGCCACACUAAGAAGUAUUGCUCUCGCAAUCAUUUUGGCCCGGGCUGGCCUUGGCCUUGAUCCAAAGGCUCUGAAAAAACUAAAGGGUGUCUGCUUUAGAUUAAGCUUGGGACCCUGCCUAAUAGAAGCAUGUACAGCGGCAGUCAUAUCUCAUUUUCUCAUGCACCUGCCAUGGCAAUGGGGAUUUAUGCUUGGAUUUGUCUUAGGUGCUGUGUCUCCUGCAGUUGUAGUCCCCUCAAUGUUGGUUUUACAAGCAGGAGGAUAUGGUGUUGACAAAGGUGUCCCAACUUUACUAAUGGCUGCAGGAAGUUUUGACGACAUUCUGGCUAUCACAGGCUUCAACACAUGCUUAGGGAUAGCAUUUGCUUCAGGUUCCACCCUUCAAAAUGUCUUUCGGGGUGUAUUAGAAGUUGCAGUAGGUAUAGCAACAGGUGGACUUUUAGGCCUUUUUAUUCGCUACUUUCCAAGCAAGGAUCAGACACAUCUGGUAUGGAAGAGAGCAUUCUUUAUUAUAGGCUUAUCAAUGUUUGCAAUUUUUAGCAGUAUGUAUUUUAAUUUCCCUGGAUCUGGAGGACUGUGCACAAUUGUCUUGGCAUUUCUGGCUGGAUUAUCGUGGUCCGAAGAAAAAAAAGAGGUAGAAAAAAUUAUUAAGGUUGCAUGGGAGAUUUUCCAACCUUUUCUUUUUGGUUUAAUUGGCGCCGAAAUAUCCGUUGCAUCUCUUGAUCCUCAAACAGUUGGACUCUGCAUUGCCAUACUGGCUGUUGGAUUGAUAGCCCGAGUUACAGCCACUUUUAUAUUGGUCUGUUUUGCUGGUUUUGAGCUGAAAGAGAGAAUAUUUAUUGCAUUGGCUUGGAUCCCCAAAGCUACUGUGCAGGCUGCAAUUGGUUCAGUUGCCUUAGAUACAGCACGGGAGCAGAAAGAUAAACAAUUAGAGAAAUAUGGCAUGGAUGUUUUGACAAUUGCUUUCCUGGCAAUCUUAAUCACAGCUCCAAUUGGAGCUCUAAUAAUUGGGCUGGCAGGGCCCAAACUUCUCCACAAGACUUCUGAUACCAACCGAGAAAGUCAUACAUAUGAAGAAAGAGAAGGAAUAGAAAUACAUGGGCCAGCAUAGGGAGAUAUGAAGUGCUGUCCACAAGAUCACCUGAAUUGAAACUGCUUAUGAAUCAUGGUAUCUACACUUAGAGAAGUUUAAAGGCCUAUGAAAUACACUGCAGAUCUUCAAAAUAUGUGUACAUAUUUUUAAGAUGACACAUAAGUUGGAGCUGUUUAGAGUCAAUAUUAGCUCUUAGUCGCUUGCAGCUUUUCUUUUGGUGGUUAAUGGUUUAUUAGGUGAAAAGAUUAGUUGCUGCUGAAUUACAAUAUAUUUAAAGAACUGAAGGAUAAAUGAAGCUGUUGAGAUUAAACAUACCUGGGUUAACAGAAAUCUUUUAGGUGCACUGCCUGGGUGAGAACAAGGGAUUAUUGAUAAAGAUUUCCACCCCUUCCUCUUGUGGUGGGAAAAUAGUUAGGGUUGAGAUACAGCCUGAAGUUUUCUCUGAGGGGAAGAGUGAAUUAGUAUAGUUAAAGUAGAUUUUAUACAAACAGUGUUGUGGAUAAUUGGAGUGUUACAUGUGUAAAUAGUGGAUGACAGGCUAGAAGUGUCCUUAAGAGAUAGCUUGUUUGUGGUAUGUAUGUUGAAUGAGAGAAUGGCAAGAUAAAUAGAGGAAAGGAAUCAGA